AUGGCUGACGCGGAUGAAGAUGCGUCGCACUUGCGCGUACCUGACGCCGCCGACUACGACCCCACGGAGGAAGCGCAAGAUUUCCUGAAGCUCGACAAGCUCACAGCACAAGACAGCGCGCAUCCCACACUACCCAAACGCGGCGAGAAGGACUUCGAAAGUCAUGAGACGAACCUCCAGCUCGACACGCUCGAGGCCUCGCGCCGGGCCAUGCACGGCGUCCUCUCGUGGCAGCGCACGCACACUCAAAAGGGCCACAUACUGGCCAUGUACGACCCAGAGCGUAACAUGGCAUGCGUCGACAAGGUCCGAUCACAGCACUUCCAAACGAUAGGAACGAAUAAAGGUGGAAGAGAAUGGUUACUGCCAGAAGAAGCAUUGUUCUUGCUCGAGCGAGGGACAUUAGAUGUUCGGUGGCCGGUCAAGCGAGAGGUGGGCGACAAGACAGUAUACAGGACUGAAGACGGUGCGCCAAUGAGCUUGCAGUCGGCAUAUGCCGCCUUCAUCGGAUUCGAAAGCGGCGUCGGUGGAAAGUUGACACUGGAAAUGUAUAACGUCUACGCAGGACUGAAGAGAUCGGGCUACGUCAUCUUCAGAACAGGAACAUGGGACCACGAUAGAGGAGACGUCGUCUUAGCGCCACCCAAGACAGAAGUGAAGACCGGAACGGGACCAGGAAUAGUCACCCGCUUCUUCUCCGAUCUAUGGCGGCGACUGAGUGAGCCCACAUACCACAUCUCAUCCGAGCAGCUUGCUUUUGGCCCGCUCAUCAAGCCCGGCUUGUACCGAAGCUACAACGACGUCUACCGCCUACUCAAACUGAUACCCACCUACGACCGCUCCGUCCCACCCACCUUCAUGCUCCCACCUUCAUCAGACAACCCAUACCGCGUCCAUUUCGACGUCUACCGCACCACAGCCCGAUUCAAGAAAUCCGCCCGCGGACCCCCAGACUUUCGCAUAUGCGUCGUCGACGCGCGCUCGACACCCAUACCCACGGGCGCACAGCUAAACGAUCUCAUGGCGCAGGUGCCGGAAGACAGACCCAAGGGCGAUGGGGGCCAUCCGAACCAGAGACUGAAGCAUGGGUGCAGGAAUGUGGUAGUGGCGGUAGUGGAUAAUGGCAUACCGAGCUAUCUUAGGAUUGCCGAUGCUCCGUUCGACGAGGUUAAGAUUUAUGAGAGGUCGGCGCCGAGGGGGAAGGGCGGGGGGAGAGGAAGAGGAGGUGGCAGGGGGAGAGGGAGGGGGAGGGGACGCGGUCGUUGA